AUGCCUGCGCGAGGAUCGCUAGGCGCCAAAGCUGCGGCCGCGGCACGGCGCCGCCGCCGCGGGGGCCAAGCUCACAACUUUGGGCGCCGCAUCGCUCUCGUCGCGGCCGCUGCGAUAUGCGCGGCUUUGUGGAACACGAGGCCCGCGAGCGCCAAGGCGAUCCCGGACGACUACAACCCGCUCGUCGACAACUGGGACGACGCGCUCGUUGAAUUCAAGGCGCGUGCGAAAAAUGACAUCCUCUACCGAGCGAUUAAGAUGGAGUGGCUCGAAACCUCGACCGAGUACACGGGCGCGGCGACCAUCGCCCACGCGCUGCGCCUCGCCCUCGGCGACGACGCGUUCAAGGAGCGGAGCGCGCCCGUCGUCGUACACCUGGCCGGCUUUGCGUCCUGGCGCGAGGACAUGGGCGUCCCGCACGACGGAUAUUUCAGUAUCUUCGCGACAUACCUGCGGGUGUUUCUCCCGCGCGUCGAACGCGUGCACCUGCAGCUCAUCGGCCCCGAGGUCAAAGAGCACGAGCUCCUCGAGCUCCAGGGCGGGUGGCUACAAGUUUCGACGCACAAGAUGUCCUACCACUUCUAUAUGACUGACGUACCCGAUGAAGAAUGGCUUAGGGAGCCCCCGACGCUGUGGCUCGCGGAGCACCCGGGUCUCUACGACGCGACGUGGGAAGGCGACGGCUGCGCUGUCCGGCGGGGCAAGCCGAUCUCGCGGGAGGAGAUACUCGACGCGGAAAUAACGGGCAGGUUUCUCCCGUAUACAUGUCUCUGGCGCGACACGUUCAACUUGCUCUGGGCAAUACAGGUCCACUACGAGGGCGAGCGGCACCAAGACGCGAGAUUCCCCAUCUUCGUCACGGCGGCGCAUCGCGGCGAGGACACGCUCACCCGGCGGCUCUUCGCGUCCGGCACGAGCGGGCUGGAUGCAAGCGGGCUGGAUCCUACAAGCGGUUGGCGCGUCGAACCCGCCGAGCAGUCCCGGGGGCUGAACCCCUUCGCGGAGGCGAUGAGAGCACACCCCGACGGCACGAUGGGCCCGGUCGGCACCGUCGACCUGCUGAACAUCCCGGGGCAGCACCCCGACGCCUACUCGAAUCGCAUCUGGUACCACUACGUCACGCGCGAACCCGGCGCCUUCGACCAGCACGACGUCUUCGCCAAGAACAGGUACCUCCUGCGGAUCUUCCCACCGUCAUCCGGUGGCUCGGACGAAUUGUGA